AUGGCAGGACCACCAAACACUGGCGUUCCUGGUAUAGGAUUCACUCCUUUCAGUAGGAAAGGUGGUGUUCCUGCUGGUGUUGCUGGCGCUGGUGCUGCUGCUGGUGCUGGUGGUGGUUCUGUUCGUGCUAGUACUGGUGGUGUGACAGCAGGUGAAAUCACCAACAUCACCAGCAACAGCAACGGCAGUGUGCAUGGCAGUGGCAACGCUGGGGAAAUGUUCCCCUCCCCUCCCCUUAACACACAGAGACGGGUGGGGCUUGGCGGUUUCAAACCCCUUGACACUGGUGCUGCUGGUGCUGGCGCUUCUGCUGCUGAUGGUGGUGGCAGUUCUUCUGAGCCUGUCACGCCAAGCAGCACCGCCAUGCCUGUUCCCAUCACCCCCCCCUCCGCGCACUCUGCCUCGGGUCUUAUGCGCUUGAAGCCACCUGGAUGGGGUGGAGAAGCAGGGAGGCUAGUCCCAUGCCAACUGCAGCAGCAACAGCAGAAGCGGGGUAACCACCCUGCUACAAGCCCCCCUAGAACUGAAGAUGGUACAACUGCUACGGCUGCUACAACUGGUGGGGGAGUGGGUGCGGAAGCAGGAGUGAGUGACCUGAGGGCGUAUAAGCAGUCGCUGGAUGACAUUGCCUCGGAUAUCGGCUCACACCCCCACUCACAGGAGGUCCAUGGAAUGGGGUCUCAGGAGGAGAAUGGGGCGGCGGACUGGGAGACAGGCAACGAGCAAACUGAUGGGUCGCCUAAAAAAACCGAGAGUGGGGCUGUAGCAAGGGGGACUUUAGCAGGAGAGACUAUAGCAGGAGGGGUUGUAGCCGCCAAUGUGGCUGUACGUGAUGCAGCCACAACCGAUGCAGCGGCUGUAGCAGCGCCGGCAACACCCCGAGUGCCGUCUUCUGCUGACGUGGCAGCCAGUGCUGCAAGCUCAGGGAACAUGGAGGGAGGGUGUGCAGAGGGAGGUACACCUGGGGGUGGGGGGGGAUCAGAGGAGGCGAUUCAAGAAACGCAACUGCAGGCAGAGGAGGUGGGUGAUCGAGUGGGGCAUGUGGGACAAGAGGAGCAACAGGGGGAACUACAGCAACGGUUGCAGAAAGAGCAACACGAGGAGAGCAACAGUGGCGGCAGCAGCGGAAACGGCAUCGGCAGCGAGGCGAAGGAUUCGUCACCGUUGGAUCUUCUGAUGCUUACCCUAUCAGGCGAACAGGGUGGCGAUGGGCAGAAGGAGCGUGUGGGGCGGCAGGGUACGAUGGAAGGGCAGGAGGAAGGGCAGGAGGAAGGGCAGGAGGAAGGACGGGAGGGAGAAAGGGAGGGAGAAAGAGGGCCAGAUAGAGGGGGGAAUAGAGAGGGGAAUGGAGUGCUAGGAGGGGGAUGUCAAGUGUCGGGUUUAAGUUAUCCUUCUGCGGCUCCCACCGCUGCUGGUGCAGCCGCCAAGGCCGCACCACCCCCAGUGUCUGCCAAUGUUGCUGUUUCAGCUGAAGUGGGGGAUAAGAGCAGAGCAGGACCAGCUGCAGCGUUUGGGAGCGACGCAGGCACGGGGGGCCGCAGAGUAGGGGAAGGGGAAGGUGUGGUUGUAGGCAGCUGUGCGAAUGUAGCUGGGGCAAUGGGUAGUGCUGCAGGGGAUUGUGGGGUUGUGCCUGGUGCUGCAGGGGACUGUAGUGCUGGUGUGCCGGGUGUGGUAGGGAGUGGUGCACUUGGUGCUGCAUUUUGGAUUGGCAGCAGUGGCCCGGGCAUGAGCAACGGCACGUGGGGCGACUGGAUGGGGCCUGCUAGCCCAACUCUGCUCUGCACGGCACACAACAGCAUCCACUCACCAGCACUCUAA